UUUGAUAAAGUUAAUGACAAGACAUAGUGCUGCCAUUUAUUUUUAAAUAGAAUAUAUAAAUAUGUCAUCUAUUACUUGAAUAUAAUAUAUAUAUAUUAAUAUAUAAAUAUGCUUGAAUAUAAUGUAUAAUUAUCUUCAGGAAAAUAUUCAUAACAUUAUAAUUUUUCUAACAAAAAUAAUCAUCUGUUAUCAUACUUCAAUACCAUAAAAUAUAUUUGGAGGUAAAAUGACUUUCCUGUAUAAAGUUUUAUUUUUGAGCUUAUGAGGACAGGAUAUGAUAAUAAAACAAAUACUGCAUAAGUCAUUUGUAAGCGAUUAUUUUCUAUAUUCAGAAGUCACAUAUAUUUAUAAAAAAUACCUUAGAAUUAUCUUUAUUAUAAUUUUGUACAUAUCACCCUCCUUCUUUUCAAUAUUAAAUAUAAGAGAGUCAAUUGUGUUUUUAAUAAAUCAUCAGGUACACUAUCAAAAGGUAAAAAAUUUUCACGUCUUUAUAUUAAAAUUUGAGUUCUUCUAAGAGUUUAAAACAAACCCACACACAAAAGUUUGCUGUAGAAACCAAAAUUAUGAUAAAAAAUUUCUAAACUUUUUUUUUAAGGAGCUGGGUGGUUUGUUUACAUUCUUUUUCAGCAAGACAUUUUUCGAGACCAGACUCAAAAAUGUAUGUAUGCAUGUAUAUCUGUGCACACACACACAAACGUAUGUACACACAUAUACAUAUGCUACAUGAACACCUACAUCGGUACAUACAAGCAUAUGCACAUACAUUUCUGAAUUAAUCUCCUGAACACACUCUUUAUGUAUAUAAAUGCUUCUGUAUGCAAUUUUAUAGAAAUAUUUAGCUACGCAUGACAGAAAAAUUACACAAGGUUUUAAGACGAUUUUUCAAUUUCGUUUCGUAAGAAUGUGAUUUUACUGCUUGCAUGCAUGAUUUAUUUAAAUCUGUUGAUAAGAAUUUCAAGAAAUUUUGAUUAUUUGUGUAAACUCCGCAUCAGUAUAAAAUGAUCAAACAUUAGCAAUUUAAAACAAGAAUAAUAUUCAGAUAUAUUCAAAGUUCUUUAUUUUAUAUAAUGUUUUAGAUAUCUAUCAAAGAAUGAUAGUAAUUAGUCAUCAAACGAAAUAAAAAAUAACUUUUUCUUGAUAUUCUAGCACUACACGGAAAAGCAAUUCACCCUUCCGAUAAUCAACACAAAUGUAAACAAACAUCUCUUUACGACUGGUCGGAAUGCGCAGAAAUCACGAAAGUGUCUCUGCGCAACUAGUCGUACGUUUAGCAUUUUUACCAUGUUUCAGCUAAACGUCCGACGUCGUACGGGUAGACACAGCCCCAUUUUCUUCAAUGAACAUUUCGAUUUCAGUUUACCGAUACGCAAGUAUUGAUAGCAUUACGAUAAAUUUGAAAUAUAUUGAUAUACAAAAAUUUUGAUACGAUGGCUUCUGAAACAGAAGUCGUAUGGAAAUGUGGAGCGUGUAAUGAAUGUUUCUAUGACAUUCAUAUAUUAGCUAGUCAUAAAUGCAUAGGAAAUGGUAAUACAGUAGCAUUAAGUGAAAGCUGUAUAAAGGAACUUGAAGUACAGUCAUAUGAUGUCGCUGAUCUGAACGCCUCAAGCGAUCAAGUUCAGGACAUUGGCAGCUUGAAUAUCAUAGAUGGACAAGAAAUAACUGAACUUCCAUAUGCCAGUGCAUCUUAUCAUAAACCAACCAUCAUUUCCAUUAAAAAGAAUUCUGAAUUUAAAAAGCAUCAGAAAGGCAAGCGAAGUAUAGUGUGGACGUAUUUUACUGCUCUUGAUGAAAAGAAAGCCAUGUGUUGUAUAUGCCAAAAAGUUAUAUCUUAUUGUGGUACCCCAACUAAUUUAGUAUACCAUUUGUCUCGUUAUCAUCCCAUUGAAGGAGAUGUUGUUAAGAGCAAACAGGCAAACAAUAUCAAGUAUCAGUACCUUUCAAACAAACUGCCCAAGCCAUGUAUAUCAGAGAAAAAAAGAGUCAGAAAUCACACUAUAAAUAUAAUACCUCAAGUUUCAAUUGAAAAAACAGCAAGUUUGACUGUAAUACCUAAAAAGCCUAAUAUUACAGAUAAAAUUAUAGAAAUGAUGCUUGUUGACAUGUUGCCUGUAACUGUAUUAGAAGGUUCUGGCUUCAAAAGACUAAUUAACUCCCUUGAUCCUUCUUAUAAAAUGCCUUCUGUUAAAGAAUUUUUUAUUGACCAUAUUCCCAAAAAGUAUUAUGUAGAAUAUAAAAAAGUGCAAAAUUUAUUAAAAGAAGCUGAGAAAGUUCAUACCUCUAUUGAACUUUGGACGGGAUAUAAUGAACAGAAUUUUUUGACUGUGUCAGCUCAUUUUGUUACUAGUGACUUUCAGUAUAAACACUAUGCUCUAAACACUUUUUAUGUGAAUGAUAUAAAUCCAGAACAUUUAAUGACACACAUAGUUACCAGCAUUUCUCAAUGGGAUUUAUCUAUGGAUGUGAUGUGUAUAGUGACUGAUGGCAGUGAAACCAUGUGUAAAACAUCUGAACUUACUGGUUGGAGAGGUAUUAAUUGUUUUGCUCAUAUUCUUGAUGACAUUAUCAAGACAUCUUUGUCAUCAUCUCCUGAGCUCUUAGGUCUCAUGGAAAAGUGUCGUACUGUAGUAAACUUUCUGCGUAGCAAUGAGUCUGCAAAACAGCAGUUACUAGAAGCUCAAAUGCAUGAUAAAAAUGUUAAAAUGCAACAUGCACAAAGUCAAGUUAUGGAUAUUAAUGCAGCUGUAGAUGUAAAAUAUCCCUUAAAAGUAAAGAAAGACAAUUCUAAUGAGUGGAUAAGCUCAUUCUACAUGCUUCAAAGAAUAGCUACUUUAAAAAAUGUGCUCACCAAAAUUUUGGCAAACUUCUCCUCAUCUAUAGAGAUUUUAACAAAGAAUGACUGGACUGCUAUUGAGGAAACAAUUAGCCUCUUAAAAGCUUUUGAAGUUGUUAUUUUGGAACUCUGUAAUGAACCUUAUCAGUUUGCCUCAAAAGUAAUACCAGUUACUUUAGGUUUGAACUCCUUGAUAAAUAAUUGUAACACUUUAACACUUCCUACCAUAGAAAGAGUAAGGAAAGACAUAUUAACUGCUUUGCGUAAACGUCUUGGUCAAGUUGAACACAACUUAAUGUUAGCUAUGGCUACAAUAUUGGAUCCACGUUUCAAAAACAUCGCGUUUCAGUCAGAAGUUGCUGUUGAAACAGCCAUUCAAGAACUUACUCGAGAAGCUAGUAAACAUGCAUCUAACAAUUCAAUGAUGGAUAUAUCUGAAAAAGGAAGCAAGGAAGUGUCUUCUUGCACUGAUAGUUUGUGGGAAGGAUUUGAGAGAAAGGCUAUACCUAAAAAAGCACCAUCAAGAACUGAUGAUGUUAUUAGCAAUGAAAUCAAACAUUACCUUGAGGAACCACUUCUAGACAGGAAAAAGAAUCCAUUCUUAUGGUGGAAGACUCAGGGACAAGCACAGUUCCCUAUUCUUGCUGAAAUAGCUAAGCAAAUACUUUCUAUUCCAGCAACUUCCAUCCCACCAGAAAGAGUAUUUUUAAAAAAAGGGAGGAUAUUUUCAGAAAAAAGAUGUUUAAUCAAGCCAAAAUAUGUUGACCAGUUUGUGUUCUUGAAUAUGAACAUUGACUAAAGCUUAAUUUUCUUUAAUUCAGUAUUUAUUGGAAAUUAAUCUUUAUUUUAAUCAAAGCAGUGCAUUUGCAUUGUUUGCCUUUUUUGAGGAAAUUUGCCUAUGAAAUAUCUUCAUAUUUAACAGAAAUGUAUUUAUUGAAAUGAUCAUUGUAAAAUAUCUUGAAAAAUCAUGUUAAUACAAUUAUAUGUAAAAUAAAAUGAUAAGAAUGUUCCUGUAAUAAUUCUGGUUAUGAUAAUUGCAGUUUUGUGUUUUUUAGCUAUUUAAUAACGAUACAGUAUGUUGCAAAUAUUGCAUUUAUCAGUGAAACAAUAUAAAUGCCAUGUACAGUCCUUGUUCUUAUAUAUUCAUCACUUUUAGUAUGUACUGUUUUCUGAGUAAUUUUCAUUAUUAUCAUUAUUAUUUACAUGAAACAGUAAGCAAUUUGAUUACUACUAAGAUACUGAUACUAAAUUUUAUAUCCAUUAUCUUACCAUUAUCUGUUAUCUUAUGCAGCAUAAGUUCUUUCUUUACCUUUAAAAUAAAAAUUGUAAAUUGCCUAAGAAACAGAUAUUUCAAAAAAAAAUAUGCAUAUUCCAUAUUAUUUUUGUUAUUUUUAAUAUACCUGAUUAAUCAUUUUUCAGAACUAUCUGUGCC